UCCCGCCAGAUUAACUAACCGCUUCUCCGAUUACCACCGGCCGCGCCGCUAUAAUACCGGCUGCUAGCAGCUAGCCACUGCCUUAAUCCCAACGCGACACGCCUCGCGCUGUGUUUGGGCUGUCAGUUAGUAGUCAGCUAGCUAGCUCGCGCGGCCGGCGACCUAGGGUUAGGGUUCGCUCGCGAGCGCAUGCGCGUGGGAUGAUGACGCCGCAGCGGUCGCCGGCGGUGAUGGGGGGAGGCGGAGGCGGCGGGGGCGGGACGCCGGCGCUGCACUACCUCAGCGGGCCCUACGGGGACACCACCUACACCAAGGUCUUCGUGGGCGGGCUCGCCUGGGAGACCCGCAGCGAGGGCCUGCGCGCGCACUUCGAGGUCUACGGGGACAUCCUCGAGGCCGUCGUCAUCACCGACCGCGCCACCGGGAGGUCCAAGGGAUACGGAUUCGUGACCUUCCGGGACCCGGAUUCGGCCAGGAUGGCCUGUAUGGAUCCGUAUCCAGUAAUCGACGGGCGGCGUGCGAACUGUAAUCUCGCCAUCCUGGGGCGACCUGGCCCAGCUGUGCCUUUUUCACCUGUAAGGCCGGUCAUGCCAUACAACGGAGGUGCGGCGGUUCCAGGGAGCAUGUAUGUUCCAAGCCCAACAUAUCAGCAACCCCCCUACAACUACUCACAGGCUCUUGUGUAUCCUCCUUAUGGGCCAUCAACGUAUGGACAAGAAUACUUGUACCCACAGAAUGCCUAUGGUCCAUAUGUUGGACAACAGUAUGUCCCAGUAUAUGGUGGUCCCAGAACUGUAGGCCCAGCAGCUUACCCAUAUGGGCAGUUCGGCCAACCUGUGCCAAGUGAUCAUUCUUAUUCACCUGGCUAUGUACCAGGUCACCUUCUUCCACUAUCUAAUCAGAAUGCUGCAAAUGUGCGUGCAUCAACAGUUCAACAGCAAUAUCCUCCAGGAGCCCCACGUCCUCAGCAACAGGUCUUGCUCCCUGCUCGUGCGCCACAGUUCCCGCCAAACAACAUCUCUGAGCAAAUGUCAGGAUGACAAAAAAACCGGUGACAAGUUUGAGGGUAUCCUCUCUACUCUGCAGCAGGACUAAGAGCAGCAGUACUGCUAAUUGGGCGGCAUGCUUCUUUUCUUGCAAACUGUCUUCUUUUGCAUUUUUAAAGGUUAUCCUUGAUCCAUGGUUACCCGCAAUGUUAUAAUGUGAAUGUUAAACCGCUCCAUUGGAUGGGGCGGGAAGCAAGUGAGAGCUGGAGACUGAAGCCACUCUUGCUCUGCUUCUGUCAGUGUCUUCUGUCUUGUACAUUCUCCAUCCCCUGCCAGGAAUUCUGAUAGCUGGUGGUCUGUGCAUGGACCAAACUUGACGUUGGAAAAGGAGUCCGGACGUCCAACCUGUGUAUAGUAGUAGUAGCUCAUGUAGGGUUUUAAGUCGUAGAACAGCUCAAUUCUUUCUAAGUGUUGCAUCUGGUUCAUGCUGUGUAUACCCAUUCUCAGUCUUCUUCGUAGCAUAUCUGCAUGUGUUGUACAGGUCUUUCGGUGUCAUAGUCAUAGUGUCUUCGGUUGGCUCUGUAAAUUAUUAUUUCUAAACUCAACUGUAUAUCAGUUGCAUGCAGCGUGUAAGUAAAUAAGGCCAAUUCUACCCUGUAAAAUAAUAUGAUUUGUUGCAAGUUGCAACACAUGGAAGAAUGGUGAUCGUCUACA